UUUCUAUGAGAAAAAAUAUUAUAGGGAGUUUUAAUGCAAAGUGAAAACUGAACUUGAGAGAACAGAACUGAACUAGUUCUGUAAAAAUGAAUUAUUCCAGAUUGGUUUCUGAACAUUUUUUUUUUAAUUCAAAUAAGCAAUUGAAGAAAAAUUUGAGGUAGGAAUCAUAUCAUAUUAAGACCCAAAUAAAUUAGGAUUAUGGAAAGAAAAAACUUCCAAUACCGAUGGGAUAUCUUAUUAUGCUAGGUAUUUUUUCUCUAUGGUUAUUUGUUGUGUGCAGGCAAUUAUAGAAUGCAAUUGAUGUGUUGUAUUUGAUUGUGGCAAAGCAAUGGAGCGCAUCAUAGUGCAUCGCACUUGGGCCUAUUGCGAUGAUAAUCAACCAAUCGCAGAGCUUGCUGCGCUGCCGCCCCGCCUGAGAAAACGCUUCAUUUGGCUUGGCCCUAGUAGUGAUGUAGACUGAGUAACUUUGCAACAUGCAGCAAGUUAUUCAUGAUAGCUGGAGGAAAGUUGAUAUAUUCAGCCUUCCUUAGAAUAAGAAAAUGUUUAUUGUCAUUGAACAAAUCAAUAGGCAAUAGAAUAUUCAUGCCUCCCUGCUUCUCAAGUUGUACAAGGGCGAGACCAUAUCAGGCGUUUUUAGAGUCGGCAGGCGAGGACGCUCUCCGAUUAGCUGAUUGGAUUCACGCCUGGUAUCGCGCCAAGACUCUCACUGCCUAUUUUGCUAUUUCAUAGAGUUUUGAAGCUUGACAAGAAGUCAUCUAUAGGCGUAUUAACACAGAGAAAAGAUAGCAUAAGAAGAUAUCCCAUAGUAUGGUUGUUUAUGUUCUAAACUCAAACUGAUUACUGUCGACUACUGACUAUCAUUACAGUUUUGUUGGGGGAAGAGUGUAAGAACAACACAGUAUGAGAGACAACCAGCGUCACAUAGAUUUACUAAAAACAACUAGCGUAAAUGUAGAAAAACAAACUGUAAAGAUGGACAAAUUCGAGCUCAAUACUGAUAUUCUAACAGCCUGCAACAGGUGUGAGUCACUAAAAGAUAUCGGUUCAAAGGAGUUUCAGAAUGUUAGUGAGCUGUGGAUGCACGUGAAAUCAGUUGAAGAAGACGUUGACAACAAGCUAAUCUCUUUCACUGAUUUGAAUGAACAGCAAAUGCAGCUGCUCCAUGACUACAAUGACAUGAAGGACUUGACUCAGUGCGUCUUCGGUCGACUGGCGACCAUUCUCGACGUGUCCGUUAGUCAAGUGCACAAAAAGUUUGAUCUUUAUGAUGAAUAUGGAAGAGCUGAGUACAUAGUACAAGAGGCCAGUAGACUGACUGAGAUCUUUGAAAUUGCCCAUCCCUAUAUGAUUUUGGAAGUGGCAUCAAUGGCUUUGCAUGAGGAAAAUGGCGAGCUUGCUGUCGAAUUACUCAGAUAUCUCGUUGAUUCAGUGUCUAUUGAUCAGAAAUUGUGCACAAAAUUGUUGGAUUUUGUUGGGGAACAUAUUUUCAACCUUGCCAAGUACAUGUGCAACACCUCCAAGCCAUUUGAAAUCGCCUCACUCUUGAAAACCGUGUCAAGCAUGUGUUUGGAAUCCGCGUCAGUCAGCACCAUUCUGCAGGCAGUUGAAAUUUCGAUUUGGGUGAAUCUGAUCACCGGUUGUCGGCCCCAAGUUUCAUUUUUCUCAGAGUAUAUUCCUUCAACACGUCUAUUCCAGUUUCUACCAGAAAUGGUCACUUCUAUUCUUAAAGAAUAUGCCUCGUUCGCCGGUGAGUUUCGUUAUUAAUUUCUAAUAAAUUAUUUAUUUAAAAU